AUGGAAGGGAUGGAUCUUCGAUUCCAAUGCAUGGAAAGACAUUUUGAUGAGAUUGUAGAAGAUGAAUUCGUAUUAAGUGAACCACCUAGAUUUCCCGGCCAUGGUAGAAGAGGUUAUGGGAGGGGUUAUGGUCAUAAUAUUGGAUAUGGGUGUGCGGAUUACGACACUAAUGAAUUUAAAUUGAAAGUUGAUAUUUCUCAUUUUAAAAGGGGAAUUAAUGUUAAGGAAUUCUUAAGAGCGGCUUGCGAGAGUCAUCGUUCUAAUAUAUGUCCUCGGCGAAAGACAGUAGUGAACAUUAUGAAUAAUGGCAAUGGAGAGGACGAUGAAGUAUUCUAUGGACUAGACGGGGAUGGUGGUGAUGAGUAUAGGAAUGAGGAUGAAGAUGUACGGAACUAUGUGAAUGGGCGAGAGGUUGGAGGAGCCCUUAGGGGCUUUGUUAAAAGGUUUGAUGGUCCGACAUACGGUACAUUUUGCUACAAAGUCACGUACGGAUUAUCGAAGCUUAGGCCGGUAGAAAAUGCUCGCAAUUCGGCUAAGAAUCGAGCGUUGAGUCGAAGUGGUAUUAGUCUUGUAAAACUCCUCGGUGCAUCCCACGAUGCUUAUGAGAGGUUUGUAAACAAUAUCAAAAUCAUAUCCGAGCGAGCUUGGUUAGCAACUUCGAUGCUCGGGGGUUUGGAUGACUUGAUUGUGGAGGGCUUUAAGACUUUGGUGGUCCGUCCGAAUAGUAAACCGACACCUAAGAAGGUACGGCGCCACUUUCUAAUUGACUCAUUAUGGCCAACAUCUCUCGAGCAUAGGUGGAGGCGGCUUGAAGACGUGGAGAUAGCCCUUUACUAA